AGAAGAAACCGUCGAAUUCGAAAUUAACCAUGAAGGGUAGGGUGGGGUGCAAUAAUUUAAGUAGAAUAUAAAAAUAAAAUUAUAAUUAGCAAUAGCACCCUAAGUUCCAUAAAGUUAAAUUUGGCUUCGGAAUGUGGCCUCAACAUUUCCAAUGUAUAUUAACAAAAUAAACUUCCGAAGAAUAUCUUUAUGUAUUUUAGGGCUAAUUCAAAUUUCUCUUAUCAUUUCAUAUUAUUACGUCCAAAAAGGUGACGAAACAGGUGUUAAUGAUGAUAAGAUUAGAUUUUUGAGCUCGAAAAAUUAUGAAAAGCCUUUUGAACAAACAUAUCACACCUCAAAGGAUAAAGUAAACCUGCCUAGACAUCAUGUUCGAGAUAAGUUUACAGAUUUCAACUCUAGCCUGUGCUUCACCAAUGGCACAGAUCUCAAAUCGAUGGACAGAUCGAAAAAUUCAUGGAAUUGUGAUUGUAAAAUAGGUUGGCAUGGUGCCGAGUGUGGACAGCCAGAAGUGGUAUGGAGGGCUUUGUUAACAAACAAACAAAAACUGAAAGUAAAGGGACCUAUGAAAUAUUCAAGAAGAAUGCUGUAUAUAUUUCAGGUGAAUGAAUUCAUGGAAAACAUUAUCGAUAUAAGAAUCAAUGAGCUUGAUGAAGUUAUAGAUUUGUUUAUACUAUUUGAAAAUAAUGGCAAUAGGAUAGAGAAACUAUUGAAGAAUGGUUUCUUGAAAAAAUAUCAUAAGAAGAUAAUAUACAUCAGGAACACCCUUCUUAAGGAUCUUUAUAAUACCAUUGCCUCCUCUAUAUCGAGCUUAGAAAAUAAUGAUAUAAUUGUGAUUAGCACAUCCAUGGAAAUUCCCAACAAGUUAGCUCUAGGUUUCCUCAAAUAUUACGACAACUGGCCUGAACCCAUUUCAUUCAGACUAAGAUGGUCAGUAUUUGGAUUUUUCUGGAAACAUCCUAAUAAAACUAAAACAGAGGGAAUAGCCUGUUCUGUGAAAUAUAUGAAGAAGGUGUUUGAUUCCAAUUUUGUCAAUUUGUAUGAGAGCAAAAGCAAUUUGGGGUUAGUUUUAGGAGAUUUGAACCAUUAUGGAGGAUGGUAUUGUGAGUACUGUAUGGAUCCCAUCCAAAUAAUCAAAUUUGCUAAAGAAAGAAACCUUGAGCUAGUUAAAUGGAAAGAACUGAAGAAAAAUCAAAUCGAUGUCAGCUACGUAGAAGAUCUUAUUGGAAAUGGAUUGUAUAUUGACGGAAAGACUGAGCUAGAGAGGAGUAGAAAAUACCAAGAUAAUUAUUUUGCGCCAACAUCUGUUUCUGAUAAUUCAAUGAAAUAUGACUUUUUGCUUAUGAAUUUAUACACAAAAUUGGACUAUUACGAAGGCUAACAAUGAAUUUCAGUCAUACUAGAAACUGGUAUUUGCUAAAUUACUUUCGAUAUUUACUGAUUUUAGUAAUGAAUUAUUUUUAAUAAUUAAUCUGUAAAAUAGUUGAUAUGCAUUAGAUUUCAUAUAGUUUCAAUAUUUGAGAGGAAACUUGCUACUAGUCAGUAAUGCCUAAUAUUUUAAUUAGUUCCAAAUCAGUUUUUUCAGAGUAAUCAAAUUACAACUGUGAUAUAAUAAUAAUUCGAAUUAAAUUGUUGAUAUAACAAUCAA